UACAGCUCCAUUUGCCUCUUUUGUUUUUUCUUCUAAGAUCUGCAUCCUAUUUGUGGGAUAUUGAUCUGAAAUUCAACCCAAAUGGCAAAAAUGCCUAAUUUAACUUUGAAGAGCUCGUUUUCCAGUGGCUGCUGAUGAUUUCUCUUCCAAAAUUCUCCAUAAUUGAAUGCUUCAAUUCCCAAUUACCCCUUUUUUGGUUAUCUUCUUUCUCAAAAUAUGAACCUCACCGCUCUUGUUUUCUGGAUUAUCCAGAUCUUCAUCCAUUUCGUCGGAGUUUUUUCCAAAACCAAAGCGCCAGACGUUUCUGCAUUGAAUGUGAUGUUUAGCAGUUUAAAUUCACCUUCACAACUUUCUGGUUGGGGGUCAAGUGGCGGUGAUCCAUGUGGGGAUUCUUGGGAAGGGAUCCAAUGCUCAGGAUCGUCCGUCACUGAAAUAAGUUUAUCAGACUUUGGACUUAGUGGAACGAUGGGUUACCAACUUUCAAAUUUGGCAUCUGUCACCUACUUUGAUUUGAGCAAGAACAACCUCAAUGGCGAUAUCCCAUAUCAACUUCCCCCUAAUGCAGUUCACAUCGAUCUUUCUGAGAACAGCUUCACUGGUAGUGUGCCUUAUUCCAUUUCUCAGAUGGCUGAUCUUCAAUUCUUAAAUCUUGGUCAUAACAAGCUUAGCAACCAAUUAAGUGACAUGUUUGGCAAGCUUUCUAAACUCAAAAGGCUGGAUCUCUCAUACAACUCAAUUUCAGGCAACUUACCUCAGAGUUUUAAGAAACUUACAAGCCUUACAGUAUUGCAUAUACAAGAUAAUAAAUUUUCAGGUUCAAUCAAUGUUCUUGCUGACCUUCCUCUUGAUGAUUUGAAUGUUGCAAAUAACAAAUUUACUGGAUGGAUACCUGAGAGUCUUGAAGAUAUAGAUAACUUGGAAUAUGUAGGAAAUUCUUGGUCAUCUGGACCAGCACCACCUCCACCACCAGGGACGGUGUCUCCGGCGAGCAAGAAGUCGAACAAGGACGAAUUGAACAACAAAUCGCCAGUGAAAAGUGGGUUAGUAAUAGCAGGAAUAGCAAUGGGAGUUUUAGCAGUAAUAGCAAUGGUGAUUGGAUUGACAUCAAGAAGGAGGAGAAGGCCUCCUUCCCAUUAUCUUGAUGAGGACACAAGCCAACACAGAUCCUUCACUCCACUCACAUCCCAAGAACUCUCAAAGGCUAAUUUGCACAACAAUGAUACUAAUAAUAAUGGGAUUGAUAGAAAGUCCUUCAAUUCAGAUGCCUCUGUUGACAUAAAAGGUCUCAGUGUUGUUAGACCACCACCAGCUCCUUCUGAUCCUGUUCAGUCCUUCAGUGAUAAUCAGUUUGCAAACCGUCUUAAUUCCAGAAGAAGCACUUCCUUUCGUGCCAUUUCUUAUUCAUUGCUUGAUUUGCAAACUGCCACUGCUAAUUUUGCUCCAGCUCGCCUUCUUGGUGAGGGUACUAUCGGACGUGUUUAUAAGGCCAAGUAUGGAGAUGGAAAGGUUCUGGCAGUGAAAAAGAUUGAUUCAUCAGUUUUUCAAGGGAGGAGAACAGAAGAGUUUUGUGAUGUAGUUUCUAUCAUUUCAAAGCUUCAUCAUACAAACAUUACAGAAGUGGUUGGGUUCUGUUCAGAGCAGGGACAUCAUUUGCUGGUUUAUGAAUUUUUCAUGAAUGGUUCACUUCAUGGGUUUCUUCAUAUGUCUGAUGACUUCAGUAAACCACUCACUUGGAACACUAGAGUCAGAAUCGCUUUGGGGACUGCAAGAGCUCUUGAGUAUCUUCACGAAGUUUGCUCACCAUCCAUAAUUCAUAUGAAUAUCAAGUCCUCUAAUAUAUUGCUCGAUGCCGAACUUAAUCCUCGUCUCUCAGACUAUGGUUUGGCGACAUUUUAUAAGAAUAGAAACCAAAACCCUGGAGGUGGAUAUGAUGCUCCAGAAUGCACAAAGGGUUCAACUUAUACAAUGAAGAGUGACAUUUACAGUUUGGGAGUGGUGAUGUUGGAAUUGUUGACGGGGCGGAUGCCUUAUGACUCGGGUAAGCCAAAAGUGGAACAAUGUCUAGUGAGAUGGGCAACACCACAACUACAUGACAUAGAUGCAUUGGACAAAAUGGUAGAUCCUGCAUUGCGAGGCUUAUAUCCCCCAAAGUCAGUGUCUAGAUUUGCAGAUAUAAUCGCCCUUUGCGUUCAAUCAGAGCCUGAAUUUAGGCCUCCAAUGUCCGAAGUGGUUCAAGCUUUGGUAACUUUGGUUCAACGUUCCAGUAUGAACAUGAGAGAUGAUCUUGGAAACUCUCGACGAAUGGAUGAUUAUGACUAUUAAUUUUCUUUUUCUGCUCACUAUUUUUUACACUCUUCAAGUCUAAACACAUUAUAUCUAGCAUUUCAUUCUUCAAUGCAACGCUACUUUCACAUUCAUUUAGAGAAUUGAUUAGUCAUUCUAUUCCCAUCUCUCUUAAUACAUAUCCAUCUUUUCCCUUUUUGUAUACCAACCUUUGCUAUGUAGUUCACUUCAUAUGAA